UGCCAUUUUAAAAGGUGUGGUGCUGGAGCAGGAAGAGAAGAAGAAGAGGAGGCUGACCAGCCAGCGGCUCUGAGGCGGAAGGAUUUAUGAGAGGUGAACGUCCGGUCCCAGGACACUAACACAGAGCAACAGCCGCCCUCCAUUUGAAAAUGGCCACAGACGAGCUGUCGUCCAAGCUAAGCCGUCGGCUACAGAUCGAGGAAGGAGCCGAGGACCCGGUCGCUUUGGACCGGAAGCAGCCGGACGACUCUGAGGAGAAGCCGGCGGUGGCCAACGCUGACCCGGAGCUGGGAGCUCUGCUGGUGCGGCGAGGGGAGCUGAACGAAGGGCAGGGCGAGCACGUCCAGCCCAGCAUGAAAGUCUUCAACCCCUACACGGAGUUUAAGGAGUUUUCCAGAAAACAGAUCAAAGACAUGGAAAAGAUGUUCAAAGAGUACGACACUGGUAAAGACAACUACAUCGACCUGAUGGAGCUGAAACUGAUGAUGGAGAAGCUCGGAGCUCCUCAGACCCAUGUCGGCUUGAAAAACAUGAUCAAGGAGGUGGACGAGGACUUGGACAACAAGCUGAGCUUCAGAGAGUUCCUGCUGAUCUUCAGGAAGGCGGCAGCUGGAGAUCUGGCGGAGGACAGUGGACUCUGUGUCCUGGCUCGGCUCUCUGAAAUAGAUGUCUCCACAGAAGGAGUCAAAGGAGCAAAGACCUUCUUUGAAGCUAAAGUCCAGGCCAUCAGCGAGUCCAACCGGUUUGAGGCGGAGAUCCGUCAGGAGCAGGAGGCCAAGAAGAAGCAGGCCGAGGAGCAGAAACAAAGACGAGCAGCUUUCAAAGAGCUGCAGUCGGCCUUCAAGUAGCCUCCUCUGUCUUCGCUCCCCGUGCUCUACGAAUGCUGUCCGUGUUCUGACCCGGUUCGCUCCAGAUUCGCUCCAAGUCUGACACAUUUAGGUCCAAAUCGUCAGUCAUGCUGCGUUGGUAGAGCAGAAGACGUCUUCACUUAGUCCCUGUUCAGCCUUCAGACCGUGUAGCUAGCUGCUAGCGUUAGCCUCCAGGACGUCAACGCGGAGCCAGACGUGCCAACAAUCCCUUACACACCUGAUUCAUACGUUAAUCUUCCACUGCUUCACCUUUUCUCCUUCAUACGAAUGAUUCAUGCAAAUUUCAAGCUUCAGGAUCAAAUCAGUAUUAUUUAGUUUGCUCCACGGUUCUUCCUUUAAUGUUUAUCACUGUGUUAAUGCCAGAAGAAGAGGAGUAACUCUUCUUCUUUACAGACUGAUCGAACCAGCCUUGAAUAACUAACUGUAGUAUUUAUGGAGGUCCUGAGAUCCAGCUCACGUUGGAGCUGGUGUUUUACUUCAGUCAGGUACAGCUUCAUCUUUUAGCCAAGAGAUUUGCACAAUUUGCACCUACUUGGUUAUUGGAGUGUUUUUUAAUCCAGAAGUAAUCAAGUCAAUCGUUAGAAAUUAGUUGUUAAUCCUGGUGAUAGAUGGACAAUCAGAUGAAUUAAUAUGCUCACUUUUUAAAAAAAAUACUAAUCUUUUACAAAAAAAAAGGCAUAAACAUUACAGAUAGGAUGAGGUUCAGUUUGUUGAUGAAAUGAUGUGAGGACGAUGGGUCAGCUUUGAUCCUCUCCUAAUCUGCAUUUCAAAGUGUCCUUGGACGAGACCGAACCCUGACCAGCGAGGGUUGAGUGUGUCUCGGUAGUCCUACUGCAGGCCUUCAGACGGCGACCAGAACGGUCAUAACAUCCAUCUGCAGCUCUGGAACGUAGAGCAGAGGCGGUAAUGUUUUUAAAAGGGAGCAACCACUUAUUUCCUACGUUUUUUUAAUAAGGGAACAACAAAUCUAUUAAAACUGCUUGUUUGUAUAUGAGGAAAAAUAAAAGCUAACAUAUUUUAAUGGACGUGGCGUUGCACUGUGAGGAAACUACUACAUUAGUUUUGUUUUUAACAUUCUGCUGUCCAGAUGUGCGAUUGCGAUCAGCUGAACUAUAAAUUCUGUGAAAGUGAAAGACUUUGCUGUAGAGUGUUUCCGUUAUUGAUCCUGUGCUAUAAACAUCCUGCAGUUGGUUUAUUUUUAUGUUCCAUCAUAAGACAAACACAGCGUCAUGUUUUAAAAGCAGUUAGAGAUGUACAUAAAAGGGCUUUAAAUACAAGUCUGAUCAUGAUACGAUGUCUGCGGUCGCUGGGUUACCAUGCGAUGUUUGUCAGAUUCAGGAUCCAGCGAUCAAUACGAGACAAUCAAACAUCAAUCACAGUUAUUCCUAAAGGGUUUCUGCUGUGCAUCUUACAGAUGUUUAUUGCAUUAAUGUUUUAGGGAUAUUUUCCAUUUACAUCGACACCUUCAGGUCCAUUGAUCGCCCGUCGUACACAAUAAACUCUUGGUUCUCUCUCUUCAUGCUUUUCAGGGUCGUCAUCUUCGCAAAAAUCUGAUAAAAGUUUUUUUUUAUGAAACCAGAUUCUACUCAGGACAGUUUUCUUGUUAAAUGUUUGUUAGAAGCCACUUUAAAAUGUGUCUGAUAUCAUUUAAGCUCUUACUCUACUGAAAUGCUCUGUCCAUGUAUGCAAACACGUUGAGUCAAAUGUUUGAUUAAUAAAAUUAUGAUUGAAAAUCAUGAA